CAGCAUGUGAUAAUUCAUAAGGCCUUUAGGUGACGGAAACUCGAUUUAUAAAAAAUAUUAGUGAUAGAUAAAAUAAUAAACAGCAGGGCCUUCCUUCUUUCACACACGUAAAUACAAAAAUGUCUCUUAGCAAAGUGAUGAGCAGCUCCAUUCUGCGCAACGCCUAUUUCCGUUCCCAGGCUCUUCGUGCCAUGUCCACAUCCGCCAUCCAACAAAAGGAAAUCAAGAACGUCACUGUCAUUGGUGCUGGUUUGAUGGGCGCUGGCAUUGCCCAGGUGGCUGCUCAAGCCCAGCUCAAGGUCACUUUGGUCGACACCACCGACAAGGCGUUGGAAAAUGGACGAACCAUCAUCACCAACUCUAUCAAACGCGUGGCCAAAAAAAUGCAUCCCGAAGAUCAAGCCAAGCAACAGGAAUACAUCGAUGCUGCUUUCCAGAACAUCUCCACGACCACAGACUCGAAGCAGGCGGCCAAGGAUGCUGAUUUGAUUGUCGAAGCCAUUGUUGAAAACAUCAAAGUCAAGCAACAACUGUUCAAGGAUCUCGACAACGCUGCUCCCGAACACACUAUCUUUUGCUCCAACACCUCGUCUCUCUCCGUCACCGAAAUCGCCAAAGCUACCUCCGACAAGCGUAGACAACAGUUCGCCGGCUUGCAUUUCUUCAACCCUGUGCCUGCCAUGAAGCUUGUUGAAAUUGUGCGCACUGAAGAGUUGCAGGAUGCCGUGUUCGACCAGCUCUCCCAAGUCACCAAAAAGAUCGGCAAGACCCCUGUUUCUUGCAAGGAUACCCCUGGCUUCAUCGUCAACCGCUUGUUGGUGCCUUAUAUGCUGGAGGCGUUCCGUAUCUUGGAUAGAGGAGAAGCUUCGCCCCAGGACGUUGACACUGCCAUGAAGUUGGGUGCAGGUAUGCCGAUGGGACCCAUUGAACUCGCUGAUUUCGUUGGUCUGGAUACCAUGAAGUUCAUUGCCGAUGGAUGGAGAGAGACGGGUGGUAUUGAGCCCUCCUUGGUCACCCCCGUCAAGGUUCUCGAUGAACUUGUCGCUGAAGGUCGUCUGGGACGCAAGAGCGGCAAGGGUUUCUACGAUUAUAGCAAGAAAUAGACAUGCUCAAGCUGUUGUGGUAUAAUGUUUGGAUUAUAAAGAAUAAUAAAAGGUAACAAAAACGUAUCAACUCAAGUUGGAGAGGCUAUAUUACAAGUGGUACGAUGGUUUUUUUUUUUACAGGUUAUUGUACAUGUCUCGCAAAAUGUCUCGGUCUUUAAGCAGGACGGUCGAGUCUACGGUGAGGAUUUUUUUGCCGGCAGCUUUUUCUGGAGAGUGGCUAGGUGGUUGUGGUACAUGAUGGAGUAAGUGAGCGUCUUUUGGGAGAGAGUAUGUCUAAAAACACCGGUUAGUGCAUGUAAAUGU